AUGAGCAGUGGAAGCAACUUGAGUGGUAUAGGAAAGCGAAGAGUUAGAAGAACAUACGAAGUAGACUCAGGUACCGAAGUACAAAAUGAUAAUACUAUAAAGGUCGAAGAGAAACCUCUCAAAAGUCGAUAUCAGCCGGAAGUGACAACUAAAAAGUCAAGAUAUAAUCCAAAUCCAAUAAUUUCUCAAUCUGAAAAAACUAACGAUUCGAAGAGAAGUAAAUUUUUACAUACAAACCGUUUAGAAUCGACAGGGUACACUCUCCAAGAUGAAACAGUCGGGCAAAAACAAAGGCAUGACAUUCUAAAAGGCAAAUUUCCAACGCAACAGGCAGUAAAAGAUGAUAAGAGAACGAGACAGCAGAUUUGGGAGGAGCAGCAACUUGAAAAUGCAGUAGUGAAAGAGGAGACUGAUCAGAUCCAUGUAGCAAAUUCUAAAGAAUACGAUUAUGUGUUUGAUACGGAUACUAUGAUUGGAUUUACAAGUGACAAUGAUGAUAUAUUACCUGAGGAAGGCGAGGACUCUGAUGCUGCAGGCAGUGAUAAAUAUUUAUUAAAGCAAUUGGAAAAUGAAAAGGCUCGACUUCUUUCAAUUAAGGAAUCUAGGAAACUGUUGCCUGUCUAUCAAUACAGGGAUGAAUUAUUGAAAUCAAUUAAAGAUAAUCAGGUAAUGAUUAUUGUUGGUGAAACGGGGUCGGGUAAAACAACUCAAUUACCUCAAUAUCUAAUAGAGGAUGGUUAUACACAGGAGGGGAAGUUUCAGAUUGCUGUUACACAGCCACGUAGAGUUGCUGCCACAUCAGUUGCCAAGAGAGUCUCGGAUGAGAUGGAAGUAAUACUAGGACAGGAAGUUGGUUAUACCAUUAGAUUUGAAGAUAAAACGACCCCAAAUAAAACCAUACUGAAAUAUAUGACUGAUGGUAUGUUACUUCGAGAGUUUCUCUCGGAUCCGAUGCUAUCCAAAUAUUCAUGUAUAAUGAUUGAUGAAGCCCACGAACGUACUCUAGCGACAGAUAUUCUUGUUGGUUUAUUAAAGGAUAUUUUACCUCAAAGAAAAGACUUGAAGGUUUUGAUAUCAUCUGCUACAAUGAAUGCUAAGAAAUUCUCAGAAUUUUUCAAUGAUUGCCCAAUCUUCAAUGUACCGGGAAGAAGAUAUCCAGUAGAUAUCCAUUACACUUUACAACCUGAGGCAAACUAUAUUCAAGCUGCAAUAACAACUAUUUUCCAAAUACAUACAACACAGCCUUUAUCGGGCGAUAUCCUAGUCUUUUUGACAGGCCAAGAAGAAAUUGAAAAGACGAGAGACAAUUUGGAAGAAAUUGCUGGGAGGUUAGGUUCACAGAUUCCACAGUUAAUGAUCACCCCCAUUUAUGCAAACUUGCCGCAAGAACAACAAUCAAGAAUAUUUCAAAAGACACCACCAAAUUGUCGAAAAAUAGUCUUGGCUACUAAUAUUGCAGAGACUUCUUUAACCAUUGAUGGUAUCAAGUAUGUAAUUGAUCCAGGGUAUGUAAAGGAAAAUUCUUAUGUUCCAUCCACCAACAUGACUCAGUUAUUGACAGUCCCAUGUUCGAAGGCUUCUGUUGAUCAGAGGGCUGGUAGAGCUGGUCGUGUAGGGCCAGGAAAAUGUUUUAGACUUUUUACUAAAUGGUCUUUCGAAAAUGAACUGGAAUUGAUGCCCAAGCCAGAAAUUCUUCGAACAAAUCUAUCACAUACCAUCCUUCUGCUGUUAUCAUUGGGAGUGAAGGACUUAUUAAGUUUCCCAUUACUAGAUAAACCUAGUAUACAAGCUUUGGCAAAAUCCCUGGAGAAUCUAUAUAUCCUUGGAGCACUUAAUAGUAAAGGAACAAUCACUCAAUUAGGAGAAAUGAUGUGUGAAUUCCCUUGUGAGCCUGAAUUUGCCAAAGUAUUAUACUCAAGUGCAACAAAUGGUGAAUGUAAUGGCGUUUUAGAUGAAUGUUUGACUGUCGUGUCUAUGUUACAUGAAACAACAUCUAUAUUUAUUGGCCCUAAGAAGGAGGCAUCUUCAAGGAUCGUGAGUGAGGUCAGCAGUGAUCACGCAUUGUAUUUGGAAAUUUAUAACCAAUGGGCAAAAUCGAACUAUUCUAGAACUUGGUGCCAAGAUCAUAAGGUUCAAUAUAAGACAUUACUAAGAGUUAGAAAUAUCAGAAAUCAACUCUCUCGGUGUAGCAAAAAGUUGGGAUUGGUAACACAAAAUGAAACGGGGCGUAAGAACCUUCCAGUUUCCACUGAUCUGGUUAACAAUAGAAUGGUCAAAGCUUUCAUUACUGGGUUCCCAAUGAAUGUCGUUCAGUUAGGCACCACUGGAUAUCGGACGGUAGGGAAAACAAAUGGUGGUUUGGAUGUUAGUAUCCACCCAUCCAGUAUUGUUUUUCAGAAUUAUAAAGAAAAGGCGCAUAAGCCCUGCAAGUACGUUUUGUAUCAACAGUUGAUGCUGACAUCCAAGGAAUUCAUACGAGACUGUCUCCCGAUAACCCACGACGAAUGGCCUUUGGAAAUGGUCCCCCAUUUCUUCAAAUAA